AUGUCCGAUCUUCCAGCAGAAAUACCAGGGGAGCGAGCAUACAAACGCCGGAGACGGAACCGCCGGCCUUCGAGCCCCUCACUGUCCCCCUUUUGCGCCUCCAACGCCCUCGUCUCCAGAACCAACAGCGGCUUCAUCUCUACCAAUCUUCUCCAAAUAUACCAUGACGUGCUCGAACACAGCCUAUCCUGCUGGCUCACCGAAGUGACAUGCCCUUACAAAGACGCCCGCGGCAGGGACGAAGGACGCAGACUCGCCGAGUGGGGGCCUUCGUGGUCGAACCGCAUAUUUCACCGAACUGUCAAACUUGACCGCGCUGCGCAGACCGCGGGCCUGGUGAGAAUGACGGCAUUAGAAGGCCGAUCUGCGGACAGAGCGCUCCAUUUUGCCAUCAUGGCGUUUGCUACGCAGUGGGCGCAGGGAAGCCGGCGACAAGGCGAAACCUAUCCAGUCCCACGCUUUGCCUCACCGGAUGAGACCUUUGACGAGCUUGUUGAGGAGAGCUUCGAUCGUGACCUGCAGCGUUACUUUUGGAACCAGGCCAAGAAGGCGCUGCAGGAGACGGAACACAUUGAGUGUUACAGGGUCGCAGCUGCUGAGAUGGUACUCGGUCUCGCGCAGAGGCCAUGGGCGCAGGAUGACGUCGAUGACUUUCUCGGCGAGCGUGAGCGUGCGCGAACCCCGGAUGGUGCCUUCGAGACGGGGUCAAUCAUGUCGAGAAUCGCGCGCGCCAUCUCGAGGGACGGUCCUCCCGUCUAUAUUGAGAGGGCUACUCGAAAGAUGCAUAUUCUCAAGUCUCGCUUCAUUUCAGCUAGCCAAAAGGCAGCCAAGGCACAAGGGCGUGCCACGACCCAAGCCCUGCAUAUCAUGACACCCGAAAACGAGACGACAGUUGGAUUACUCUACUGGCUCGCCGUCAUGUUCGACACGCUCUCCUCGUCCAUGGACGAGCGUCCCGUGACGGUGACGGACCAAGACUGCCAGCACGACGACCUCCCGCCCAGCGAAGCAGAAAAUGAUAGGUGGCAUGUCGACCUCUUCAUCAAAGACACGCUAGAGGCGCCCUCUCAGCGCCUACGCUGGCCGUGCUCCUACGAAGACGCAGCCGAGGCCGUGACGCGCUCAGGUCCCGUCAAGGUCCUACUGUACCGCCACGUCUCCUACCUUCAGUCCCUCCUCCGGCGGGGCCAGACGGGCGCGCGCAUCGAGGAGACUCUCGCGGCCACGACGUCGCUCUAUCGAUACUGGAACGUCACGCACGGCGCCUUCUUCCGCGACCUGCUGCGCGACUUUGACGCCGUGCCUGGCCGCAUACGGAGCUGGUUCUUCUGCAUCUCCGCCCACUGGCACCUCGCCGUGCUCAUGUUUGCCGACCUCGUCGAGCAGAUUGACGACGAGGGCCUCGGUCUGCCGUCAGCGGGCCGCAGGCGCGCCGCUGCCAGGAUGGUGGCCGCCAUGCGGGAGACGAGCGUCAGGGAGCUGGCGGAGCUGGCGGGCGUCGCGACGCCCCGCGCGGCGGGCACGGAGCCGCACCUGCCGGGCUUCCACCACGCCGUCAAUGAGGGGACCGUCCUCGCCGAGCCGUGGACCAUCAUCCUCAUUAGGGCCUUCUCGCGGGCGGCGGUGCUGAUCAUGGAGGAGGCGGACAGCUAUCGACGGUACGGCCUGGUGCGGACGUGGGGCGGGCCGCAUGAAGGGUGGAACAGCCUCGAGCGCGCUGACGACUGCAUCCGGACGCUGUUCUACCUGGGGAAAAAGUCGGACAUGGCGAGGCGCGUGGCUGAUAUCCUCUCGGACGCGCUGGCAUCCCUCCGUCUCGCCGACGACGGACCACCACCGCUCGGUGGCCAUGGCGGCGACGGCGCGGCCGGCCGAGGCGGCGGCGGCAGCACAUCGCUAGGAAGCGAGGGCACAUCGGCAGCGGUUGGGAGUUCCUCAACCGAGAGCUCGACUGCGGCGACGGGGAGCGACAUCGCGUCGGCGGGCGGUUGGGCCGAAACGGGAACGUACUGGAAUGUAUCAUCUAUCGGGGGUGCGGGUUUGGCGAUUUGCGGUUGA